CCCAUCCUCAUAACGCUGUGGCCCUUUGGUCCCUGCCCCACCAUGCACCCCUGGGUGCCGAGCGCCGCCGCCACGCAGGACGCGGUUCAGUGCGUGGUGCUGAAGACCCCCCCUGCCAGGAGUGUGGCAAGUCCUUCAGCAAGAAGGGCAACCUGAAGAGGCACCAGCGGAUCCACACGGCAGACGAGCUCUUCGCUUGUGGGGAGUGCGGGAGGCGCUUCACCACCCGCGGCCACCUCAGGACCCACCAGAGCAUCCACACAGGAGAGAGGCCCUUCUGCUGCGGGGAGUGCGGGCGCCGCUUCCGCCUGCAGAUAUGCCUGGCCGCCCACCAGAGGACACACGCCAAGGGGGGUCCCUUCCUCUGCGCCCACUGCGGCAAGAGCCUGAGCACAAAGAUCUACUUCAACAUCCACAUGCGCACGCACACGGAGAAGAGGCCCUUUGCCUGCACCGAGUGUGGGAAGAGCUUCGUGAAGAAGGGCACCCUCACGGCCCACAGGGAGGUCCACAAGCGGGAGAAGCCUUUCAAAUGCCCCGACUGCAGUAGGUGCUUCGGGCAAAGUGCCACGCUGCUAGCCCACCAGAAGGUACACCUCCGAGGGGGGCCUUUCAUCUGUACCGAGUGUGGGAAGACCUUGACCACCAAGCGGUAUUUCAGUGUCCACCAGAGGAACCAUGCUAAGCAAAAGACACUUGAGGGACACAUGAAUGGUGCGUCUCUCCAGGUCAUUCAGAUUAAAGAAGAACCUGAUUUUGCCUUCGUGUCAGAGGAGAAUACGUUGGGGAAAAUGUCCCAUGAAGGAGAAGUAGCCCAGGGGUGUAGCAUACCUAGAAACUCAUCUAAUCCAAAAAUCCCUCCUUGGAAAAUCCAGAUGAAGGAGGAACCACAAUCACCCAGUGAUGACACAGCAGACAUUACUGCAAUAGCCUGCGGGAAACUUUACAUCAAGGAAGAGCCACCAGAAAACCCAGACUAUGGAAAGGUCUCACGGAUGGCUUUACAGGGGAGACAGCUUAAAAAGGAAGAAGAUGCUGAUGGGCAGCAUGUACAAGAAGUCUCCAUGGCCAGUAACCAGGUGCUCCAUGUGAAGGAAGAACCACAGGAAAGCGUUGCAUGUGGGACGCAUUAUGGGCAGAAGCCAAACCUCAGUGCCAUCCAGAGGAUCCAAGUGAAAGAGGAACCUGGCGUGGAGGCCAACCACCAAGUGACCCAGAGCCCAAAGAAGAAGCAGAAAAAAUGCUAUCAGCCCACCAAGGAGGGGAUGCUGGAGAACCAGGAGAAAUCCAUGUCCAAGAGAGAUCCCCCAGCAAAAAGAGCUCCCAAGGGUGAACGGCUGUUCCCCUGUCCUGAGUGUGGGAAGGGUUUCAACCAGAAGUCGAACCUGACGAGGCACAGGAAGAUCCACACGAGCGAGGGGCCGUACAGGUGCGGCGAGUGCGGGGAGAGCUUCCGCAUGCACCGCAAGCUGACCCGCCACCAGCGAGGCCACCUCAGCGAGCCCUUCAAGUGCCCCGAGUGCGGGAAGAGCUUCACCCAGAGGUCCAACCUCGUGCGGCAUCAGAGGAUCCACACCAAGGAAGAGCCCUACCAGUGCCCCGAGUGCGAGAAGACCUUCAACCAGAAGGCCAACCUCUUCCGUCACCAAACGAUCCACGUCCGCAUGGGGCCCUGCAAGUGCACCAAGUGUGGGAAGUGCUUCCCCCAGAAGCGCCACCUGAUCAAACACCAGCUGCUCCAUUCCAGAGGUGGAGCCUACAAGUGUGGGCUCUGCGGGAAGCGCUACCGGCUGAAGAAGUACCUGAGGAGGCACCAGAAGAUCCACGCGCGGGAAGGAGCUGCUCCCUGUGCACAACGGGGGGAGGCCACAAGGACCAGGGGUGGACAGCAUGGCACUGAGCAGACAGCUCCAGCCCCCACGGCCCCCGUGAAGAGUGAAGAGGAGAGCUGA